AUGACUGUAAGGUGGCUCAUACUGGCCGUGGUACUAGCUGCAGCGUUACAUGUGGGAUUUUGCAUUGUGUUCACCAGUGGGGGAACUUUUAAGCUGAUUUGGGGCUACUCUAUUCCAGUGGAUGUUCCGGCGCCGAUGGGUAUCAACUAUGUCCACAACUUCCAGUUCCAGUAUCCUCUGAUAGACAACUCCUCCCAAGUGUCAUACGUGCAGCAGGGGGCGAGGCGUCAGCGGCGCUCCUUCACCCGCAAACAGCUCUACAGCGUCAUAGAGCAUCUGCUUGACGAGAGUGGAUUAGAUCGGACCUGUUUACUGCGCUCGGUCUGUGAAAGCAGCGCUGCGCCGUUUGUGCACAGUGGCUUCAUAGAGGAACUGUUCUGGAGAGUGGAUUAG